AUGGGAACUUGCCUUGUCAACCUUGCCUCCUUAGCGGGCGACGAUGCUCCCAGAAUGCCAUCGAUCUACGACGUCGAACAUCUGUUAGAAAUGAAAUGUCUGCAAGUCAUUGUGAGGGGGAAGGAUGUUUUGACGAGAUUGGAUCGCGUCGAACGCCAGUUGCAGUCACUCAUUAAUGCUGUAUGCCCUGCUUUCAAUGAGCGUGACAGCAUUGAUGCAGAAACAGGCCCAGUGGAUAGACCAGGAUCGACCACCAUCGAAAACGGAUCAUUUACUAGCUCAAAGAACAAGGCGCUUGUUCGUGAUGAGGUAAACUCUUUUUCCGGUGAAACUUCCAUCCGACAUGUAUUGGAGGAAGUCGAGGAACGCUUGGAGACAACUCAAGGCCACGGUGGUCCUGCCACCAACGCUCCACAUUCUCAAAUUUCCACACCGAUUUUGACCCCGUCACCUCAUCACGAGAGGGGAGAAAAGAGUCCAGAGUAUACUAAUCACCGAAACAUAUUUCUAACAUACGGUAUCCAGCCCAAGCGACCGCAGUGGGAUAAGUCCUUGGACAUCUUUUGUACGGAAAUCCAUAUCUUGUAUCCGUUCUUACACCUACCAACGCUCCGAAACAAUCACGAUGUCAUGUGGAAUAGUCUCGCUUUGUCUUCUGAACCUGAUAUUCACAAAUCAAAGAUCUCCGAGAUAGCUCUGGCUCAGCUUCUCGUAUGCAUUGCUAUUGGACAGUGUACCGAGUCACCAAGGUUGGAGAAUCGAGAAGGCCGGCACUCAGCAGGCUGGAGCUUAUAUGGAGCAGCAUAUGGGUUGAUUGGAGACCUUCUUGAUAGUUUCGAAAGCUGCCCAGACCCACUUCUACUUCUACAAACACUGGCCUUGGUGGUAAUCUGUCUCUUUCGUCUUGACAAUUUUGGAAAGGCCGAAAAGCUCCUGGCUCUUGCUAUCAGCCACGCACAUCAUCUUGGGCUACACCGAUCUAGGGUAAUACAUAACAUGUCUCCUUAUCACAGUGAAAUGUUUCGACGGAUGUGGUGGAGUCUUUACAUCUUGGAUCGUCGCCUGGCUAUUGAGACCGGCCACCCAUCCUUGAUCCAAGAUGUCAAUGUUGACACGCCUUUACCUCGACCAGUAGACGAUGAUCAGCUCUCUGUGUCCCUAAACCGCCCCAAUGCUGACCUAGACAUAUCUCAACUGUCGGAAACAAAUGGUCGUCAUACCACUUCGUUUCCCUACUUUAGAGCUAUGAUAACCUACUCUCAAGUCUUGGGCGAAGUCUGGGAGGGGCUCUAUGGCGCUAAGAGCUUGGAUCCGGCUCCCAACUAUCCUCUCCAUAUUCAUCAGGACUUUGCCCAUCCCCACUAUGGAUCACGCGCAACGCAACUUGUCGAAACGCCAUGGCCCCUGCUAUGCGCAUCUGUUUCGCCUGAUGGGACUCCUCGGGACUUGUUCGAGAACGAAAUGUCAUGCAUGCAAAUCGCUAAUGGCAUUAUUGAAGAGGUCUCUCAGUUCCCUGAGGAAAAGGCCAUCUUCACUUUUCCUUUCAUACACUACCUAAUUGGGGCGACAAUAACCUCCCUCGGGCUGAUAAUGAAGGAGAAUACGUUCAAGGCUGCCUAUGGCGGAGCCACAGUUCAUGCCGUCCGAUUGCUGGAGUCUUAUUGUACCAAAACAUGGAUAUCUGGGAAGUUGAUACGAGUUGUUUCAAGGCUGAGGCAUAUGGUGUCUCGGUUAUUGAAAGAAGACAAUGUCGUGGGCUCGGGAGUCUCACUAUAUAAACAUUCAUCUCGGGCUCCCGAGGUUCUGGAUAGUCGGGUUCAACCAACAGGGAUUGGCAGUGGCGAAGGUUCUUCCGUGACUCACCCAAGCCAAGUACCAAACGACGCGUUAGUAGGGCAACACGAUUUUGUCAGACCACCUGAUAUGAAUGUUCGUUCGGGUGUAGGAGGCGAGGCCACCUCUCAGAUGCCACCUUUGUACGGGCCAGAUAUUACUGCGCCUUGCUUGUCUACGCAAGAAGGCGUCCCGAUCGGUACUGGAUUUGGAAUGCAUCCUACACAAGGUCCUGCAUGCAUACAGCCCUCACCAAACGACCAGCCACAAAGCGGUGCGUGCACUAGUCAUACUACUUCGAGAUCCUUGGCUAUGCAUAACGAACAAGCUGCUGGUGGUUUCGGAGAUAGUGGGUUGGGGGAAAUGGAAUGGCUAGAAGCUUUGUUUGGCAAUUAUGUCAACUCUGAUUUUAUACAUGGUCAAUACAUGUGA